CUAUUAUCUUUCGAAUCGGAUUUAAUAAGUUAUUUUUACCAGGGCUUGUUCUGAAAGCCCAAUCAACAAGAGACCCGCCGCCAUGUUGUGGCGCGUAAAGCAAAGUUAUUGUGUCCGGCGACUGUACCACGACACCGUGAAUAUAUCUUAUUUUAUAUAUAUAAUUAUAGUAAAUACACAAACAGUUUGUAUCUAAUUGCUUUUACGCCAUCGGCUUUCGUAAACUAGUUAAUGUUAGUAAUAUUAAACUUUUGGAUCAAAUUAUACGAAAAAUAAUUGAAAUCAUGUAAGCGGAUAAACUGUUAAUUCGUUAAUUCGAACCCCUUUUGUUUUUGAAUAUAAAGAAUAACUCCAUAGUUUGGCAGCAGGUACAAACACAUAAUUGAUCCAGUGUGAAUUCAUGCGCAGGCAGCUAGAGUUAAAAUUUAUUUUAAGAGUUCCAAUAAAAUAUUAAAGAAUUAUUUCAUAAGUAUUUCAAGAAAUGUUCCAUUGGAAUAUUUCCGAAAUAAUUACAUGAUAGUUUGCGAGACAUAUGUAUGGAAUAAUCCUGAAAUAUUUCAAGAAAUAUCCAAAAUUUAUUUGAAAAGUUCCAAUAAAAUAUUAAAAAAUUAUUUCAUAAAUAUUUCAAGAAAUAUUCUAUUGGAAUAUUGCAGAAAUAAUCAUAUAAAAGAUUGCGAGACAUGUGUAUGGAAUAUUUCAUACAUUUGUUGAUAAAUUCGUUACAAAAGUUCCAAAGAAAUGUUUAAAAAAGAUUCCAAAAAUCUUCCGCAAAAUAUUUCAGUGUAUUAUUAAGUAAAUAAUUCUGAGCAAUAUUUUAUGAAAUAUUUAUGUAAGAUUUCCUAAAGAACAUAUUGAAAUAUUUAAAAAGGAAUUUCAUGGAUUCCAACAAAAUAUUUAUGGAAUGUUUCUGAAAUAUUUCACGAAAUAUUUCCAUUGAGUCGGUUGAUAGCUCUUCUAUGGAAUAUUACUGGAAGGUUUCAGAAAUAUUCCGUGGAUAUAUUUCACUGAAAGUAGAUAGGCUAUAGGCAUACCAAAACACCCCCUCUCCUCUCAAACUGUUUUGGUACCCGAUGAAGGAGUGGGAUAGUUUCCCUCUCUCACGCAUACUAAAACAUUCCCUCUCCUCUCAGAGUGUUUUAAUACCUGAAAGAGAGGGAAUAGUUCUCCCCACUCUCCCUUAUGUUUUGGAAUGUCUAUAGCGUUCUCUUACGUGUUCUAGUACCCGAGAUGAAAAGAGUGGGAUAUGUUUCCCUUUCUCAUGUGUUUUAGUAACCAAUGAGAGAAAGAGUGGGAUGGUUUCCCACCACUUUCAAUUCCCCUCCCUAUACAAGUCUGAAUUUGUAGAUUUUUCACCGCCUACAAAGAAAAUCUAUUGGCUACUUUUUUUUAGUGGAAGGGGCAGCCUUUUUUUCAGAGAUACACACGAUCUGAUAGGGCAUGUUUUCUCGCUCGGAUGGAUGUGAAAUCGAAAAGGGCCUUAUGAACACCCUAAUGGCUUGGACCUUGUAUUUUAUGUACACAAGCCAUUACGACGUCCGGCGUCUAGAAAUUUUCUCAAAGGUAUACGGGAUGAUAAAGAAAAAACGUUUGGCCGAACUGAUAAGUAGAUGGAGCGAAAAAAAUUGUACACCUACGCGCUUGAGUCUAAAAAUGUGUACACAGGCCAAUAUAGGGUCUGACUUUCUCGCUCGGAUGGAUGUGAAAUCGAAAAGGGCCUGCAGCGAGCUCGGAGAUGUACACGAUCUAAUGGGCCUUAUGAGCACCCUAAUGGCUUGGACCUUGUUUUUUAUGUACACUAGCCAUUACGGCGUCUAGAAAUUUAGCUCACGGCAUCCUGGCCGUUCGUCGACAGUUGACGAUGUCAAUCCUCGACGAUCCCAGGCGGCUGAGGAGCAUCGAAGAUCCCCGGCGGCAUCAGAACCUUAGCAGCCCCGACGAUCCUCGGCUGCGGCAGAACCUUCGCAGCGCCGACGAUCCCCGGAGGCGGCAGAACCGUCGCAGUCUCGACGAUCCCCGGUGGCUGAACCUUCGCAACUCCAACGAUCCUCAGCUGCGGCAGAACCUUCGCAGCGCCGACGAUCCCCGACUGCAGCAGAACCGUCGCAGUCCCGACGAUCCCCGGUGGCUGAACCAUCACAGUCCCGAUGAUCCCCGACUGCAGCAGAACCGUCGCAGUCCCGACGAUCCCCGUCAGUACUGGGAUCUCAGCCCCGAGGAAACCGGUCUUGAUCGUACAGUUCGAGCAGUUCGAACAGUUCGAGCAGUUGAACUGGAACUGCUCGAACUGCUCGAACUGUUCGAGUUCGAGCGGAACGUCAUCGGUUAUAAGCAUACAUGAUCUUGGGCCGAUUUCCAUGCGGAAAUUAAAUGAAGACAAAGGCGGGAAUGAGCAGAAGAAAAGGGCAUCUGGUGAGAUGUCUCCAAAAGCAGGAACAUCGAGGAUGGACCUGGAAGCUACGAGACAAGUUUGCGAAAGACGGGGCCGUUUACAACUGAAGCGGACAGACAGCACUGCUGAUAAAAACGUAAAAAUAGUAGCACUCAACAUGAGCAGCAGCAACAACAACAGCAACACCAAAAACAGCAGCAGCAACAACAGCGACAGCAGCAGCAACAACAGCAACAUCGACAACAACAUCAACGCGAUCUACCAAGAAUGGUAGAUAACGAAAUUAUUGUAGAUCCAAUUGAUGUAUCAAAAAUUUUUAACGAUUGUAAAAAAAGAAAA